AUGGCCAUGGAAUCGGCGGAACCCCUCUCUUUGCCUCCGAUCAACGGUAAUAAAGCGACGACAUCGACGGCGCAUCCGACGAAACCUGUACCGCUUGAGCAGCUGAGAUCCCACCUCCGUAGCAAAGUCCUUGCUUUCCUUGACCGACCGACGGAUGAUCCGUCUAUAAAACACACUCAAAGCCAAGCAAAGGCGUCUCUGGUCUCCAUUGAGAAGGCUCUCGCGCAGUACAGUCCGUCCGAAAUAUCCAUAUCCUAUAAUGGCGGCAAAGAUUGCCUGGUGCUGCUGAUUCUCAUCCUCGCUUGCUCCCCGCCAGCGACAGAGAACAGCAAUAACUCUCACAGCACCCGCCCUAUUCAAGCCUUAUAUAUUGCCCCAGAAGAUCCAUUUGCCGAAGUCGAAGAAUUUGUUACCAAAACAACAGCCGAAUACCAUUUAGACCUCCUACGUUGCUCGCUGCCCAUGCGCGCCGCGCUUGAGAAAUACCUUCAAGACCGGAGCGAUGUUAAAGCCAUAUUUAUGGGAACAAGACGAACAGACCCGUUCUGUGAAAAUCUGCAACAUUUCAGUCCAACAGAUCACGGAUGGCCGCAAUUUAUGCGAGUGAACCCCAUGAUUGAUUGGUGUUAUGCGGACAUUUGGAAUUUUAUUCGCCAACUCGAGAUCCCAUACUGCAGUCUAUAUGACCAGGGGUAUACCUCUCUUGGAGGUACCAGCAACACCCUGCCAAACCCGGUGUUGGCAUUAGAUGCGAGCAAAACAAGUUUCAAACCCGCGUACGAACUAAUUAAGGAUGAAGAAGAGAGACUGGGAAGACAAAAGAAAAUAAACUAG